AUGAACUACAGAGACUCUUAUUUCAAUUACAUACACUUAAAAGAAUCAAAGGAAAUCUUAUAUCUGGAUUGGCAACGAGAUGUUUUUCCCGCACCAGACCAAUUAUAUGGAAACCCUAAUAAUGCAGAACAACAUCAAUUCAAAACUAGAAGAGAUAGGUUGGGCAGAUAUUUAGAAAAUACAAGUAGAAGCUCUGCAUCAAAUGAUAAUAGAAACAAUCCAGAUGGCAUCAAUAACAACGGGAAUAAUGCUAAUGCUACCUCGAUGGCUGCCGGCAGUAAUUAUACCAAAAACUAUUUAGGUUCAAUAAACCAAUUUUGGGAUUAUUAUCAUGACGAAGAUGAUUUUAAGAUGUUUCAAUUAAUAACGGUUAAUAACAAUGGUUCUAUUGUGAUGAAAACCAAGAACAUUGUGCCUACUUCAAGUAAAAUAUCCUUUUUGAAAAAUAGAAUCUCAAAGACCACUAACAGCACUGCCUCCAAUACAAACGGAUUAUUUGGCGCACUAAACUAUGGCAUAGGGAACAACAGCACCAUGAUGACACCGAUGGAAUUCAGAAUGAUGAUGAAUGAGUAUACUUCUAAUACUGGUGACCCAAACUUUGUAACGGGAAACAUGAAUAGCGGCAGUAUUAAUCAUGGAAUACCGAUGAUGAAUCAACAUGAUGCCAAUGAUGGUGAUACUUGUAUGUACGGUGGCGGUAGCAAUGGGAUAAACACAUUAUUUGAUGAAGAUGAUUCGAGUUCAAAUAAUUUACAUGUUUUUGGGUUUCCAAGAAGGAAGUUGAUAGAUAGCACUCAAUGGCCAGAGUAUGGUUUAGAAAGGUUUAUGUUAAAGACGUGUCACAUGAAAACACCUGCUAUAAUAGCUGAAAACAAUACAAAUAGCUCAGAUAACGACAAUAAUGGUGGUGAUAAAAGUGAUGAUAAUAUCGAUAUAAUUAAUUGUGAUUUGGUAAAUAAUUAUACUUGUAUAGACAGUAAUAGGGAGCUGUUGGCUUUACACGCAACAGAGAUAUUUGAUGCUGAUAAUGAUCCUGUAGAAGUUAUAUUUAAUGAUGAAACUAUUCCAUAA